AUUAAAGAAUAAUUUUUGUUCAAGUUAAUCGUUGAUCGAAUCAACUUGUUUAAAUAUAUAUUUAGUAGGAGAGAAUCGAGAGAUUUUCUCUACGGCUUGUUCAAACGUAACACUGUGACAUAGUUUUUAUCGACCAAUUUUGAGGUACUUAACGUGCUCAGAAUGAUUUCAUUUUUAUAAGUAUUCGUAUUUUCUGUAUAAUUAAUCGUUCUACGCAAGAACGAGAUCGAUAUAUCGUCAUGGAUGAAGCUCACAAGAGACGUAAUAAGUUAGAAACUGUAUAAGAGUCUACAAAUUUUCCUUAGCCACAAACGUCAAAACUAAAUAGAUUAACUUGUAGAGAAUGAAAUUCUGCAUCGAAAGGUAUGUUUCUCGAUUUUGUUUAGAAAAACUUCUAGGUUAUAGAACCCAAAAUGCGGUUUUUAAAAAAGUUUAAAACCCGGUUUUCAAUGCCAAAAUCUAAUUUUUGUACAAAAUAAAUGUCAAAUUCGUAAUCAGCGUUCAAAACUGCAUCUAGAUACUCAUUCAGAUCUAGCCAACUCGAAAAAGAAUUUUUUCGAAACUUAAUCAGUGAAGUGUCGCGUUACGUAGACAAGCAGUCUAAUAGUUAACAAUCAUGAUGAUUAAUGUAAUUAUUCUAUAAUUACAUUAAGAUAUUUGCAAAGAGUAAGAAGAGAUUCGAAACUUUCCAUAGGAAAUGAAACAAUAAAAUACGUUCUAGAUUUUUAUAUAUUUGUUAAUAGGCUAAAGAAAAACGUUUAAACGGUAAAAAAAAACAAUCCCUUCGAAAAGAACUUGUAAAUUAUAAAUCCAGAACAAUUGAAAUUCAUUUAAAUCGAGAUUCAAAAUCGAAUUUAUAUUCAUCAUCAAAUCUAGAUAUAAUUCAUCAAUUAAAUUGUCGAUAUAAUCAAAUAGGUGAUAGUUUAUCAAAUCGAACAGGAGCAUCAUUAUCUCCAUCAAUAGGUGAUGCACAAGCUGCUAGUCCUGAACAAUCUUAUAUAUUAGAUUUAAUACAUACAACAAAUGCUCAUCUUGAUAAUAUGGAUAUUAUUCAACAUUGUUCAUCAUUUUAUUGUGAUCAAGAUAAUAGUUCUAUUCUAUGUAAUAUAUCGAUUAAUAAACAACCAAAUAAAUCAAAUUAUUUAGAUUUUCAAAAUACAGAAAAAUAUCUUGAAGAAAAUCAAUGUGAUUGUUAUCGUCAAUAUAUUGAAAAUGAAAAAUUAACUAUUAAUGAAGAACAAGAUGAUGAUAAUAAACUAAAAAGAAAGUCGAAAAUGUCAAUAUAUAUGAAUAAAUAUAUAUGGUCUUAUUGGAAUAAAUUUCAAAAAUCUGUAUCAAAUUUUGUUGCAGAAAAAUAUUUUCAUCGUAUUGUAUUAUCAGCUAUUGUUAUAAAUACAUUAUCAAUGGGUAUUGAAUAUCAUGAACAACCUCAAUCAUUAACAAAUGCAUUAGAAUAUUGCAAUUUAGUAUUUACAUCAUUAUUUUUGCUAUUGAAAUGA